ACGCCUGUUAUUAUGGAUUAUGCAUUGACCGUUUGUUUGCAAUUCAGUCACAUCUUCUGUUUUGAAUGCGUUGAGCGGCUUGGCCUCGCAGGGCCAGAAAAUCAGAGGCGUAACACUUGCCCCGUAUGCAAAGCUCAAUUGACCAAACCCGAUGACAUCGUUUACACCAAUUUAAAUCCCACCGAGGAAUAUAAAACUUGCAUCCUUAGUGGAUUAAGCCCAAAUACGGUCAUGGAGUGUGCAGGGCGUGCCAUCAGCUUUUGGGCUUAUCAAACGACCCAAAAUCUGUACUAUCAACAGCACCUGUACAGAUCGCUCUCGGAAAAGUACUCAGAAUUGUGGGCUCGAUGUGAUCAAAUAGCCAGAGAUGCAGAGGCUAGAAUCAAUGGGCUGCAUGAGAAGCUAGAGAGUAUGACGAAAUCGCGAGAUACACUGCAACGGAAGAAUGUGGAAUUUGCAGAGGCUCUCAGAGACAAAAAUCGCAAGCUUUCCCAGACACAAGAGCUUUAUAAUAAAGUCAAGAGGAAAGCUGAGCUGGGUCAAAUUGAGCGAGCAGCGUUCGAUGCUGUGGACAGCUCCGUC